CGCCGUCACCGGUGACCUUCCCAGCGCGCCCGCCGCGGGCCUGGGUCUCCCGGGGAGGGUGCUGUGUGUAGGGGGGGCCGUUCCGUUUCUUCCUUCCGCCUCUGGCCCCGCCCAGGCGCUCCCCCUGAGGCUGGGGUCCGGGUCUUGGUCAGGCAGAGGUGGCCACCGUCCCUCUCGGCCCCUGGCCCGGGGGCUUUUCAUAAGGGCGCCUGGCUCUCCUGAGAUGCUUUUUCUCUAUCAGCGGAUACAAUGUUUUUGUUUUUUUUAAGGUUUAUUUAUUUAUGCACACCAGAGCUGGGGCGCAGGCCAGCCGUGGGGGUGAGAGGACUCCCCAGAGAGAGCGGGGAGCAGGACAGGCGGAUGCACGGACACCCACUGCUGAGAGGGCAGCGGGGAGACCGGCGGGUCUGCGGCGCCCUGUGGGCUGCUCCCUGGCCGGGCCAACUCGUGCGGCCUGUGCCCGGGCGGCGCUGCGGAUACAAUGUUCUUACAGCCCCUGAGCGUAACUGGUUUCCAGACUGGGCUCCGGGCGGGGGCUCCGCGCUCACCGGGCGGGCUGUGUGGCUGCAGUUGCGCGACGUCUGUGUCUGGCCCCGCUGCCGAGGUGCUGCUGGGAGAUGUUCCCUCCGCUUCCAGGAAGAUGGCGCGGAGUCGGUGCUGUUUCUUUCUGAAUGUCCAGUAGCGCCGGCCCUCCUGGCCACCUGUGCCCGGGGCUUCUUUUCCAGAAGGUUUUAAGCGGCGAAUUUGGUUUCUGGAAUGGCUGGAGGGGAUGGUUGUAUUUCAGAUGCUGUUUUACUUUGGGCGAGUUGAUGGUUUUGAGGACUUGGUCCAUGUUGUCUCGGCACUGAAAUCACGCCUGUUCACGACCGACUAAGACCUGGGGUCAGAGCUGGAUGCGCGCGGCAGAGGGAGAGAGACCCCGCGGUCCCGGGUGCGGGCGGCUGUGCACCGCAGUGGCCGUCGUGCGGAGAGAUACGCAGUCAGCGUCCAAAUCCCAGUGGUUUUUUUUUUUAAGAUUUGUUUUAUUUAUUGAUGCGUACAAGAGCUGGGGUGCAGGCCAGAGGUACGGGAGUGCGAGGACUCCCCAGAGACACAGUGGGGAGCACAACAGGCGGAUCCGCUGAAACCCACUGCUGAGGGGAGCAGCGGGGAGACAGGAGAGGUCUGCUGCGCCCUGUGGGUAGCUCCCUGGCCAGGGAUGGAACUCAGGCCGCAGCGGCUGCCGAUAGCUUCAUAGUGCUGAGACUGACCCCUGGCGCCACCAGGGAGCCCCAGCCUUGCUGAGAUCUUUUAACAGUUGCUGGCAUUGGUUUGGGACUUGGGGGCAAUCAGGGAUACACCGGAACCAUGGUACCCCAGAGGACCGGCCCACUGUCCACUUGCUGUGCUGGUGGUCGACGGCAAAGACCUGGCUUCAGAGUCCUGUCACUUCGGAGCCUCUGGUGCCCCACGUGUCCCUCCCUGAGCUGGGGUGGUGUGCUAUGUCCCCCGAGCCUGCCCCCAUGCUCCCUCACUCCUGGGAGAGGUGGGGCGGAGGCCUUGUGCAUGGAAACCAGGACCACUGUGGCUCCAGGUGGAGGCCAAGUGGGGGCAGGGGGGACGGGUGGCUCCGGAGAGCACGGGCUCGUGGGGUGGGGGGCAGCCCCUCGGGUCCCCCUGACCUCCCAUUCUGUGUUCCAGGUGCUGGCAAGACCCCGACCCUGGGGGGCGGCUUCCACGUGAGCCUGGGCAAGGAGUCGAGAGCGCAGACCCUGCAGAACGGGCGGCGUCAGAUCCACCACCUGGGAAACCAGCUGCAGCUGAACCAGCACUGCCUGGACACGGCCUUCAACUUCUUCAAGAUGGCCGUGAGCAAGCACCUGACCCGCGGCCGGAAGAUGGCGCACGUGGUGGCAGCCUGCCUCUACCUGGUGUGCCGCACCGAGGGCACGCCCCACAUGCUCCUGGACCUCAGUGACCUGCUCCAGGUGAACGUGUAUGUGCUGGGGAAGACCUUCCUGCUCCUGGCCAGAGAGCUGUGCAUCAACGCGCCUGCCAUAGACCCUUGCCUGUACAUCCCACGCUUCGCCCACCUGCUGGAGUUUGGGGACAAGAACCACGAGGUGUCCAUGACGGCCCUGAGGCUCCUGCAGAGGAUGAAGAGGGACUGGAUGCACACCGGGCGCCGGCCCUCGGGCCUCUGCGGCGCAGCGCUCCUGGUGGCCGCCCGGAUGCACGACUUCCGCAGGACCGUCAGAGAGGUGGUCGGCGUGGUCAAGGUGUGCGAGUCCACCCUGCGGAAGAGGCUCACGGAGUUCGAGGACACCCCCACCAGCCAGCUGACCGUGGAUGAGUUCAUGAAGAUCGACCUGGAGGAGGAGUGCGACCCGCCGUCCUACACCGCGGGGCAGAGGAAGCUGCGCCUGAAGCAGCUGGAGCAGGUUCUGUCCAAGAAGCUGGAGGAGGUGGAAGGGGAGAUCUCCACCUACCAGGACGCCAUUGAGAGCGAGCUGGAGAACAGCCGGCCGCGGGCCAAGGGGACCCUGGCCAGCCUGUCCAAGGAGGACCCUGCAGAGGACCCCACAGCCAGUGUCUUUGGUGACGAGGACACCGCGGAUGAGGAGCUGGAGGUCGCCGCCAGCCACCUGAACAAGGACUUCUACCGGGAGCUCUGUGGCCUUCCAGGGGGCUCAGAGGAGGCUGGCAACCUCGAGGGGGAUGGCAGGCCCCCCGCCCUGGAGGCCCUGCUGGGGCCCCUACCCACAGCGGCCAGCCUGGGCAUCUCGGACUCCAUCCGGGAGUGCAUCUCCUCCCCAGGCCGGGACCCCCAAGGUGCCCCAGGGGAUGGCGAGCUGGACCUGAGCGGGAUCGACGACCUGGAGAUCGACAGGUACAUCCUGAACGAGGCUGAAGCCCGCGUGAAGGCCGAGCUGUGGAUGCGGGAGAACGCGGAAUACCUGCGGGAGCAGAGGGAGAAAGAAGCGCGGAUCGCCAAGGAGAAGGAGCUGGGCGUCUAUAAGGAGCACAAGCCCAAGAAGCCCUGCCGGCGCCGCGAGCCCAUCCAGGCCAGUACGGCCGGGGAGGCCAUCGAGAAGAUGCUGGAGCAGAAGAGGAUCUCCAGCAAGAUCAACUACAGCGUGCUGCGCGGCCUGGACGGCGGAGGGGCCGGCCUGCAGGGCGGGGGCGCCGGGGCCCCGCAGCCCGCUGGCGCCCGCAGGCUGCCCCGGAGGACACCGGCUCGGCCGGGGCCUGAGCGCCCGGCCGGCGUAGGGAAAAGGUUGCGGCCCUUGGUGUCCACGCCGCCGUCUAAGAAGCCCGCCUUGCCGGAGGCCGCGGCCCCCCUGAGCCUGAGCGCCCCGGCCCUUGGGGCCGGGCCGCUGCAGCCCGCGGCCGUGGUGGAGAGCGGGCCAGUGUCCUACCACCCCGAGGAGGAGGACGGCGAGGAGGAGGCCGAGGAGGAGGACGGCGAGCCCUGCGUCAGCGCCCUGCAGAUGCUGGGCCGUGGCGACUACGGCUGUGACGGCGACGACGAGGACGGCUACUGAGGCCCCGGGGCCAGCGCCUCGCGCCCGCUCUCGCCACAGGGGGACGCCGCGC